AUGGUCCACGCCGACGCCGCCAACUUCGCUAGUGAUCUCAGCAAAGAGCAGGUCUACGAUCUGGUCCUGUUACAAGCGGAGAGUCUUAUGUCCGAUCAACGGAAUUGGGUCUGCAACACGGCCAACAUAGCUUCCCUCCUAUGGCACGCAUACAAAUCCCUACCUGAGCCAAGCUCUCACGUAAACUGGGCCGGAUUUUACACCCUCGACCGUUCAGACCCCUCAGGGAAAAGCCUCAUCCUCGGUCCCUUCCAAGGGAAAAUCGCCUGCCAGGCCAUCGCCUUUGGCCGCGGUGUAUGCGGCACCGCCGCCCAGACACAAAAGACCCAACUCGUACCCAACGUCGAAGAGUUCCCAGGACAUAUCGCCUGCGAUAGCGAGAGCAAGAGCGAGAUUGUCGUGCCCAUAACCGUUGACGAUCCUAAUAACGAAGGGGGGAGGAAAGUCGUCGCUAUCAUCGAUGUUGAUUGUGCUGUGGAAAAUGGGUUUGACGAAGUAGAUGCGAAGUACCUAGGCGAACUGGCCGAGCUUCUUGCGCGGAGCUGUGACUGGUAG